GUCAUUAUAUAGCUUUGUGGUGUCGUAGUUGUGUGAAUAAAUGUAAUUUUAUUUAUAAUUAGUUAAAUUGACAAUAUAAUGUUCGACAAUGGCUUCUGUAAAAGUCGCCGUAAGGGUUCGCCCAUUCAAUCAGAGGGAGAAAGACAUGAGCGCCAAAUUGAUUGUACAGAUGGAUGGGAAGAAGACGCGGCUGCUCACUGUCAAAAAUAGCAAAGAGCAAAAUGACGGGACGCGGGAGAAGUACAAAGACUUCACGUUCGACCACUCAUAUUGGUCCUUCGACAGCGGGGACUCCCACUACGCCUCGCAGGAACAGGUAUUCUCAGACCUCGGUGUGGACGUGAUCGACAGCGCUUUUGAAGGAUAUAAUGCUUGCGUUUUCGCGUAUGGACAGACUGGCAGCGGCAAGACCUUCACCAUGAUGGGUUCGCAGGAAUACCAAGGCCUAAUACCUCGCAUUUGUCGCCAACUGUUCUCCCGGGUGGCAGCUGGCAAGGAAUCCGGCGCAUCAUACCGAACUGAAGUUAGCUACCUGGAGAUCUACAACGAGCGGGUCAAGGACCUCUUGUCCGGGGACGCGGGGCACUCGCUGCGGGUGAGGGAGCAUCCUAAGCUGGGGCCUUAUGUGCAGGAUCUGUCCAAGCAUUUGGUGUCAGACUACGAUGACAUACAGGAGUGCAUGCACCGUGGCAACCUGCACAGGACCACGGCGUCGACACAGAUGAACGACGUGUCGUCUCGCUCGCACGCCAUAUUCACCAUCACCUUCGUGCAGGCGAGCUACUUGCGACACAACAACAUGCCUUCGGAAACCGUUUCUAAAGUGCACCUCGUGGAUUUGGCUGGAAGCGAACGUGCGGACGCGACCGGUGCCACGGGCCAGAGAUUAGUGGAAGGAGCUCACAUCAAUAAGUCGCUGGUGACCUUGGGCUCCGUCAUCUCCGCUCUGGCCGACAGUGCACACCAAGCCAUCGCCGACAGUCGCAACAAGAACAACAAGAAGAAUGUGUUCAUUCCGUACCGCGACUCCGUCCUCACCUGGCUGCUCAAGGACUCCCUCGGGGGGAACUCCAAAACCAUCAUGAUCGCUGCGAUAUCACCGGCGGACUGCAACUACGGCGAGACUCUGUCCACCCUGCGGUACGCGAACAGAGCCAAGAACAUCAUCAACAAGCCCACUAUCAACGAGGACCCCAACGUGAAGCUCAUCCGGGAGCUGCGCGAGGAGAUCGAGAAGCUGCGCGCGCAGAUCGCUCACAACACGGAUCCGAUCGAAACAGAACCGGGAGUGCUCGCGACCCUCCAACGCAAGGAGGCCCAAGAGAAAGUUCUCACGGAGAAAUGGACCGAGAAAUGGCGAGAAACCCAGCAGAUCCUCCAGGAGCAGAAGGCUCUGGGUCUCAGGAAGAGUGGGCUUGGGGUCGUUUUGGACUCCGACAUGCCCCAUUUGGUGGGGAUAGACGAUAACCUGCUGUCAACUGGGGUCACGCUUUACCAUCUGAAGGAAGGCGAGACGGUGAUAGGCAGCGCGGAGUACAGCCCGACGCCGGACAUAGUGCUGUCGGGCGCGGGCGUGCUGCCGCUGCACUGCCGCGUGACGCUGUGCGCCGGCGUCGCCUGGCUGCGGCCCUGCAGCGGCGCGCAGUGCUGGCUCAACACCGUGCUCGUCGACAAACCUGCCAAACUCAGCCAAGGUUGCAUCCUCCUCCUGGGACGCACGAACAUGUUUCGCUACAACGACCCGGCCGAGGCCGCUAAGCUGAGGCAGGAGGGUAGCGCUUCAGUCAUGAACCUGUCCAGACUGUCUCUGCUGUCCUGGUCCACCACUGACCUGGCCGCUAGCACUGAGAAUCUGAACACUACGUUGUCGGAUUUGGAAAGCGAAAUUCGCUGUGAGCGUAUCGAAGCUCAACGAGCGGAGUUGGAGAGGGAGAGACAGCAGUUUCUAUUGCAACAAGAAGAGAGGCAGAGACGGUGGCAUGCAGAAAGGGAGGAAUUGUUACAAGCGCAGAAGAGAUUAGAUGAGGAGCGUUCAGCAAUGGAGCGAGAUUACGCGGCCGCGUGUCGGCGACUCUCCGGCGACUGGCGCGCGCUCGAGCGCGGCUGGAGUCACCGCCGCCGCGCGCUCAGGUGUCGCCAGCGCGAGCUCAGCGCCAGAGUCGCCCGCCUCAGAGCGGCGCAGGACACUCACAGCGCAUGCGCUGAGAACGCGGAAUCGCACGUGUCUGCUCUGCGCGUGCGCAUCGCGGACAAACGUAGCGAGCUCGAGGAGAUCGUGCGCGGCGCGCGCGCUGAUCUCGUCGCCCGGGGGUGUGUCGAGAGCUCAACGCCGGAUGACAGCCCAGCGUCGGAGACGAGCACGGAGAGCCUGAUGCACCUCCUGCAGCAGUGCGAACCCACCACCGCCCGCAACAUACAGGACACUGUUGACAGACAUAAAAAAGAGCUUAUCGAGCUGGAGGAGGAGCUGCAAAGCCGCGUGUCGUCGGUGGCGUCGCACCGCGUCAAGGUGGAGCGGCUGCAGGCGGAGCUGGCGCUGCUCAGCGCGCAGCAGCUCGGGCUGCGUCGCGCGCUCGCCUCCGACCUCGCCGCCUCCACUACUCCGCUCGAAAAUACAAGUGAGCCCCCAGAGCUGGUGAAACGGAGCAAAUCGGAGCUGGUGUUGCGAAGAACGUCGCGGGAAGAACUAGUGGAGCCUCUCGCCCUGUCCGCUGAUGAGCGGGAGGAGUUCCGGAACAAAAAGAUGAGCCUAAGUUUAAGCUUAGACCCGCUAGCCUCCCCGAACUCGACCAUAAACAUGGAGACGUUCCACACUGCGUCCAGUUCGUCCCCGAAGCCGUUCCCGCAGGAGUCCCUCGCGUCCCCGGGGGCCACGUCCCCGGGGGCCACAUCCCCGGGGGCCACAUCCCCGGGGGCCACGUCUCCGGGGGCCACGUCCCCGGACACUGUGACCCCCGAGCAGCCGCUGCUGCCGCUGCAGCCGCAGUUCCGCUUGGGGCCAAUCCCGGCUGACGAUAGCGACGACAUGUCCAGCACUGAGGACUGUCAUAAGCCUAGAAUCAUCGACGGCCAAUCGUCGAGUUCGAUAGAAAGGUCUCCAGAGGAAAGGCAACAGAGGUCCAAAUACAGGAGAAGAAUGCCAGGUGACGGGAAGUCGGGCCGGAGACAGGUGACGGAAGCGGAAGCGCUGCGGGCGAUGCAGCGGCUGUGCUCACGCAUCGCUUCACAGAAGAUGCUCGUCAUAUCCUCUCUGGAGAACGACUGCUCCAAGGAGGAGCUCAAUAGGCAGAUUGCGGUGCUACAAGAACUACAAAAGAAAUACGUCCGCCUUGAGAUGGCGCUGCAGUACUCAUUCUUCGACAACCAGAACAACAGACGUGCUAUGAUGGUCACCCCGAUACAGGAGACGCCGUCGCUGACUCUGUCCGAGAGCGACAUGCAAGUGGCCACCGACGCUGCCGACGACGUGGAGGCUGUGGAGAACGGACAUAUAGCUGAUCCCUUGUUGCACAGAUUAAAAGAUCAAGAGAUCGAAGCGUCAGACAACGUGUCGACGUCGAACGACGAACAUUCGUCCGAGCAUUCGGAGGGGCCCUGGGACGAGCUGCGGCGCGACGCGGCGCCGCUGCCCGGUGACGAGGCUCCGUUGCCUGAUCCCACGAUACCGGCGGGACUAAUGCACCCGAUAGACUUUGACGCGGUGAUAAGCAUCCCCGGCUGGGUGACGCGGGGCGCGGGCGCGCGCACGCACCACGAGUACGAGGUGCGCGUGACGCUGGGCGGGCGCCGCUGGCUGCUGCUGCGCCGCUACCGCCGCUUCCGCGACCUCUACCUAUCCAUGCGCAGGUGCUUCGGGGCCACGGUGGCGGCGAUACCGUUCCCGUCGCGACAGCUGUGGCAGUCGGAGGCGGUGGCGCGCGCGCGGCGGCCGCAGCUUGAGGCGUUCCUGCGGCGGCUGCUGGCGGCCUGCGCCGCCGACCGCCGCUGCGUGCUGCACCGCCGCGCGCUCUCCAGCGACUCCCUCGCUGAGUUCUCCGCGUUCUUCCGCAAGGGCGUGUUCGAGAGCGGGAAAUGCGGCACGGGAUGAUACCGACCGGAGCUCGCCACGGCGCGCGCGCUGCGUUGCGCCGCCGUUCAGCUGCUGCAGCUGCUGGCCGCCAGCGCGCUCCUGCUGUACCACUGCAUCGUGCUCACGCUGCUCCUGGUGUACCUCAUCACAUUCCGCCGCCGGAGGUAAGGGAAACUUGAUACCACACACAGGGAUUUGGACAAAAUUUACCCUGUGCAGUUGUCCUGCUUAUACUGCUGGUGUAACAGAUUUUUCGAAGACAUAAAUAUCAUGGAACAAAUAUAGAGAAGGACCAAUUCAAAAUUUGCACAGAGACGCUACUAUUGCACAAAUAUCGUGCAUCUAUCGACGAACUAAUCGACGUCACUCUAUGAGAAAUUUCAAUGGGAUUUUCCUCCCCUGUGUUUGCUUCGUGAUUUGGACUAAAAACAUCGUAACUGAAUUCUGAUGAUUUAUUACUAAAAAUAUAUUUGGACCGGAUUCGUGCUACUGUUUUGUUUUGCCAAUUCUUUGUUUUUUUUUUUAUAUUUGGUCAGAGACUAGAACAAACAAGCUCUUUGUGCAACAAUGUUAAAAAUAUAUUACACAAAAACUUAAGUUUUACUUACUGCAAAACGAUGUCUGAAGUGAAAAACUUGUUAAACACAUUAUCCUAACAUUUUCAGAUGGCGCGUACUAUAAUGGCGUUUUCUAGUUGUCAGUAAUGAUUGAUUCUGGGUGGAUCAUGUGUUUACCAAGCGUUUAAUUCCAACACAAACGCCAGUCGCUACCAUAGGCUAUUUUAGAACAAUUCUAAACAGACACAUUUUUUUAAUGUCCUAAACAAGAACUUAAAUUUUAAAAAAUAGUAAAAAAGUAAAAUUAGUAAAUGACAUUGUAAAUAAAAUUGAAUUAAAUUACCAUUAUAUUAUCGUUUUUCGUUAUUUUAUUUACAUGCAUUUUUAACACAGUGAAAUAGCCUAUUGUAAACAAGGUCGAAAAAAUAAAAGUAUAAAGUUGAUUGAUGCAAGAGAGCAAGGUGUUAAAAAUAUCGCUGACGAAAUACUUGUCUACCAGGCUAAAUGAAGCGCUGGUGUCUGAUUAAGUUGUUAGUUAAAUAAAAACUAUAGGUUGUAUUAUUUUGUUUAAAUUUAUAGCGUCUCUACUCCAGUUCUAGUUAUUUACUUCAUGUUUUGGUGCGUUUGACGCGCGGGAGUAGUCGGCAACGAAUGAAACGAUAAAGCCAUAGAUAUGUAUACUUUUUCUAGGCGAGAAACCAGAUGAGAAACAUUUGGUUUCUCGUCUAUAACCAACAUAUUCGAUGAGAAACAUUAGUUACCUUAGGAACCUAAAUGUUUAUCUUUCGAAUUUCCAUUUAUUUAAAAGUGUCUUAUAAAUGAAUGUAAAAAUUAAAUUCUCUUGUUGCCGACUAUUUCUUUGUAUGGCUAGCACGAGUUUUCCAAGAACGUAUCGCCAUCGAUAAAAUUGACAUGAAAAAUAAACAACGCCGUACCGUACGUAAAACAGACUUUUAAUUUUCUACAUAUAUACUUAUGGAAAAUUAAUAGCUCGUUUGUCAAUUUAUUAGACCUUCACAGGCACUUUUUCACAUCAAAUUUUAUAUUUUUUACGACAUCGUUUUUGUAAGUAUUCGUGCCAGCCGCACUCUUGUUUAGUGUCCUCUCCCUGUUGUGUAUAUUUUUGUGCAAUUACUUUAAGACUAAGCGUGUCUUCCUUGGCACCAUCCGGGAAUCGGGCAAUGUUAGCUUAGACUACAAGCUAGACAGUAGUCCCCUUCUGUAGAGCGAGACAGCGUAUGGCGUUCUCUAUGGGUAUAAUACAUUUGCUGAGAUGUUAAGGUUUAAAGAUAUUUUUGUUUUUUUGUUUGACUAGUUUUUCGAACCAGUUUCUAGUAUUAUCAUCAGAUGAAGAAGAUUUUUACACAAGCCCUAGUUCGUUAAUUCGACUUUCAAAACUGAAUUGUCAUUACACAACAAAUACAGGAACGAGAACCUAUAUAUUUCAGUUUAAAAAUGCUUUAUUAUUACUUUUUAGUCAAGUUCUCUGUACAAUACAAUCUUUAUUUCUAGAUCCUAAGUAUAAAUUCAAAUUUCACUGAGUGUAUUAUACCCUCAUCACCAGUAGUUUGUCGUUUAUUUAUAGGAUAAUUUCCCUUGCGUUCCAAAUCAUGAGAGCGAACUGUUUUGAGUAUAUAAACAAUUUCCCGUAGCGAGCUCCGCACCUCGUGACGAGGUUUAGUUUUAAGUAGGUAAUAGUUAGGUUAAGUGUUGCCAGCAAUGGCUUAAAAAUACCAUAAAAAUUAUAUGCAAAAAUUAAUUUCAAGUGAUUUAUUUUAGCAAUCAAAUCAAUUAUAAUCAUUAAUUACAAUUUAUUAAUGACAAUUAUUAAUAUUCUUCUGAUACUAAAUAUUUAUAAAGUGUUAUACAAUAAAAUUAUAAUCAUUUACUACUAUAUUUUCAUAAAUAUACUGAUAAUUGACAACAUGUCAUUAAAAGGUACGUCGGUAUGAAAUUGAAAUGAUGUCCAUUUAUUCAUAUUAAUUAAUUAUCAUUUUAAUAUAAUGAUUCAUCUGAUGUAGACUUGGAUAAUAUAGAUUGAUUUGUCAUUUUAAUUGAUAAACAAUAAUAACAUAGAAGUGUUUUAGAUUUUGAUAUUUAAAAGAACUGUUAGAUUAAGGUCUAUUAAAUAUUUGAACUCAUAAAUUAUUACAUAGACAUAAGUCUUAAUUUAUUUAUAUUUUCGCUGUGAUUUGGGCAGUUAAAAUCAAUUUACCAUAGAAACUAUAUAUUUUUAACGCAUCCUAUAGAUCUUUUAAAAAUAAUAAUUAUAUUUUUUUCUGUACACAAACGGACAUCAAUUAAUAUUUAUCGGAUCAAUGUAUUUUUAUAUUGUAAAUUUUUGAUAUGUAGACACGAUAGCAGUUUCUAUUAGGUCUGUUAAGCUUGAUGAUGAUAAAUAUCAUAAAUGUAUGUAUUGUCUCGAUAUGGUACUAAACGCUGUUCAUCGUAACUAAAGUAUAUUCAGUGCUAAACCGGUGUUGUGAAACUCCUUACUAUAAUAAAAAGCUUUUUUUUUAGUUGUUUCCUUUUUCAUAUAAGUGAUACAUACACAAAAGACAUAGAUUGGUUGUGAUGUAUUCUUUGCACUUUACAUUCAGUUGGCACAAAUGCUGGUAGGAAUUAUUUUUUUAUUAACUUUUCGUUGUAUAUAUUUUUUGGUUUUAUUUUGUGGAUGUUUACAGGGUUGGACUCUCUCGUGCCUUGUUUACAAGGACUUUUGAUGUACUUAGUAGUAGAAAAGGCUAAGUUACCUUGCACGAUAGUUCACAGUAGUGUUGCGUUUUAUUGUUACAUGUAUAAUGUAGACCUGACGCAAACUCAGUUAGCUCGCAAAUAAUUAAACAAUGUCAAAAAGAAUUUAACAAACUAUUCAGAAGUUCUUGUAAACGAGGCCCUUAAUACUAUAUUUUUGUUUUUCUUUUGUACACGGCAGUAUUGGAUCGUUAGUCAAUAAAUCAAUAAUAUUAUUUUAUAAUUAAUUACAAUAUCGAUAGGAAACGUCUGUGUGCUAGAUAGUCUAUAAAAUGAAUUUAAACAAUGGUUAAAAAGGCCUUAAAUUAGAAAUUAUAUAUUAUCAUACAUUUACAUCAAGAUCAAUGUAGAAUAUAAGUUAUUCAAUUUAAAAAAAGUCAUAUUUGUAAUCAUUUUCCGAAAACAAUAUAAUUUCAUUCCUAUCAUUACCGUUUAUUAAAAUUACUUUGAAAAUAUGUAUCUGAAAUAAUCUCUCUAUUUUCAUAUAGCAUAUCUCUAUAUACUUAUAUUGAAAAUAACAUAGUAUUGAUGUCACACGUGAGCCGCGACGGUCGAGCUUCUGUGCGCUUUCUGAUAGUAAAAGCUGCACACAUGCGGACCAGAACUUCGCGAUAAUUGUAAUUUAUAGUAACCCCGUAAAAAGGGAGUAAAAAUUUCUCGUAAUUCGGAUGUUGAAUUUUUAUUUUUAUUUAAAAUUGAACACAUCAGUUUAUGAAAUAUGGCAGAUUGGAUAGGAUAGGAUGGAUCUACAAAACUCAGUUGUGCGAGAAAGGGAUAUAUAAUAAUCUUCGAGAUCUAAUAACUCCUUGGUUUCUUGACUAAGGAGUUAUUAGAUCGUAAUUUUAAUAAUUUUAUUAUUAUUAUUUUUUUAAUUUGUUGUGCAUUUUAGUAAAUUUAAAGACCAUCGACAUUCCUGUUGCAACCGAGAAACUUUCCAGUAAACUAUCAGAUCCGGAUUUUUUAAAUAAUAUUUCUUUUCACACUUCCUAAAUGUUAUUUAUCUAUACAAAGUUUAUCGGACACAUUGACGUUAUGUAGGUUAUGGCAACUUAUCACAACAUGUAUUGGUUUACCUAAUAAAUAAAUAAACAUAUAUUCGAAUAUACAUGUAGGAAUGUAUGUGCUCGAUAACUUAAUUUUAAGGUAUCGUUCCUCAAGAAAUAUUGGCGAGUGUGUUAUCGCGACUUUCGCUUGACCUAAGUGAGAAUAGGCCUUAAGCAUUAGAACAAGAAUUUUCCAAGCUUUAGUUUUAAGACAUUUAGUAAGGUAGACAGAGUAAAGUAUAGAUUUGGUCAUCUUUCGUUUCGCUCAUACCAGAAAGAGAAAAGCGUAUUAGAUAUACAAAUAAACUUGACAGGGUGGUUAUAUACUUUGUCCUUCAGUAUGUGCCCGGUUCUCUAAGGCCUAAACUGCCGCUUUCUAUGAGAUAUGAAAUCUUCUAUGCUCUCAUUUGGAAAGGCUAGCCUGUCUUUAGUUUUCUUUGUUUCUGUAGUAAGUAAAUUUUUGUAAAAAGGGCAAACCCCGACCCCAGUAGAGAAUGGCCUUGUAGAUAGUUCCAAAUAAAAUUAUUAGUUAGACGUUUGAAUGUGCUGUCGGAAACGUGGGUAAUCCGAUUGCAUUGUAGAUGAAAAAUAAUAAUUAUCAACAGAAGUAGAUACCGGUAUAGGCGAAGAAAACAUUCUAAAAAUAUUUAGGUUAAAAUAGCUAUUACGACUUUCUUUUGGCAUAUUUACAUAAAUUUUUAAGCUUAAUAUUUUUAAGAUAAAAUUAAUAGAAGUUUCUUCGUCUAUGUUAAGUUUAAAUCAAAUUAUUUUAGUACAAAGAAUUCCACUUUGGAUAUCUAUUCGUCGUACAAAGUUAUGAUUUUUAAGGUAUCUAUGUAAUAAAUAUAUAUAAUCGACUUUUUAUGGAAAUUGUUGUUUUUUCUAUAAAACUGAACAUUGGACGACGUUAUGUAAAUAUGAAUAUUUAUCUUUUAUAUUCCACAACAUAGGUAUUUAGACACCAAAUGCAUUGAAUGUAAGUGUAUCAAUAAAUAAACAAUGUAAUAUUUAAAAUAUUUAUUUUAAUAAUUAUAUGGCAUUUCUAUGAUAAAUAUAAUGUUUAAAUUGAUAGUGCGUGAAAAAAAAAUGUAUCGCAACAUCUUUAUUUACACAUUGUCAAAUUACAUGUCGAUUAAAAAAAUAUUUUAAUAAUAAAAGUGUAUUGUCCAUUAAAUUUGUGCAAAAAUGAGCCUUAUGAGCAUCGCCCACUUUUUUUUCGAUACUUUCCAUUAUAUUUCGAAUUAGGGACUGAAUAAAUGUAGAUUUUACGAAAUUUAUUACGAUUGAUAUGUUUCCUGUUAUGUAAUGUUGAUAGACAGCGAGUGGAGGCUUAUUCUGUAUAUUUCAAUGUAAAUAAUUUUUCGACACUGCGACUGGGAAAAUUGUUGACGAACCUAUUCAGCCUGGCCUCCGACAUCCUUGCAAAAAACAGAAGUAAGCUACGAACGUCAACAAAAAUCGGAUGAUCUUGGACACCGAAGCUUUGCGUGGACAAACGUUUUCAUUUCAGUUUCAUUAGUAAAUCUAACAGGCUUUUUCGGUCUGACUAUUGUCGCGAAACUGUCUCGCAUGUCUAAUCCGGUGUGACGGACGCCAUGGACCACCAGCCUUAGAGCCAUAGGCCAUUGCUACGUUGACAGUACUAUAGAUUUUGACAGUGACGUGGGUUGAUGUAAGUUGAUACUUCAUACAAUUUCUGCGUUGAUCUGCGCUGUCUGUCGGAUGUCUGUGCAAUUGGGCGUGGCUCUUACUCGUCACAGGUACAUAUGGUCUAUCUUAUUGGACAAAUUAUUAUUUAUUAUUAAUAAGGUAGAACUCGAACUGACGAUUUUCCCUCGUCUGUGUUUGUAAACGUAAUGAGUUAGAGGAAGUAUGUGAUUUGCUAUAACUCAUAUAAAUUCUGUAUAAUCUUGAUUAACACAUUCGAAAAUAAUUGAAGCUACGAGUACACUAGGCAACAUUUGACGCGCAUCAUAUAAUCUAUCUCACGCGUUACCAUCGACUCGAGAGAAACAGCACAUAGUCGAUCUCACUCAUGCAAAUUAUUAUGAAAAGGCACGAUCGAUAUGUUGCGCGUCAAAUGUUCCCUAGAGUAUCAGUGGCUUUAAAAGCGACAAGACACGUAUGGAGCGUUACCGCGAGCAUAAAUACCGUAAUUCCCACAUAAAAUCAAAAUUGAUUUAUCAAUAUGAUUGACGCUUAUAAUUAACGCUCCAGAAUAAUACUUUUUAAAUUACAUAAUAUACAUUUAGUGGGAAAUUUAUAUUAUGUAACGCAGACACUGCUUUAGUUUAGUAAACAACGCACGCGUGUUAACCAGCCAGGGUAAGCUUCCACGCUAAUUGGAUAUUGUUAAAUUUGAUAUGUUAAAGUUACGGAACAUGAUUACAAUGAGAGAGUAAUAUAAUGUUAACCAGCAUAAUGUAACUGAUAAUUUUGUUAAGGAGAACAAUAAAAUACAGUGUUUUUAA